GCCAACAUGCCCAAGAGAAAGACUGAAGGGGAUGCUAAAGGAGAUAAAGCCAAGGUGAAAGACGAACCACAGAGAAGAUCUGCAAGGUUGUCUGCUAAACCUGCUCCUCCAAAGCCAGAGCCCAAGCCUAAAAAGGCCCCUGCAAAGAAGGGAGAGAAGGUACUCAAAGGGGAAAAGGGAAAAGCUGACACUGGCAAGGAUGGGAAUAACCCUGCAGAAAAUGGAGAUGCCAAAACAGACCAGGCACAGAAAGCUGAAGGUGCUGGAGAUGCCAAGUGAAGUGUGUGCGGUUUUGAUAACUGUGUACUUCUGGUGACUGUACAGUUUGAAAUACUAUUUUUUAUCAAGUUUUAUAAAAAUGCAAAAUUUUGUUUUACUU